AUGGCCACAUCAAGCGAAGAAGCGCCACUCGAUCCCGCCGCUGCGCCGCCGGUGAUUGUGUGCGUGGGAAUGGCGGGCUCGGGCAAGACGACAUUCAUGCGCCGAGUCAACUCGUACCUCCACUCGAAGCAGAAGCCGCCCUAUGUGAUCAACCUGGACCCGGCCGUGCUCAAUGUUCCCUUUGAUUCGAACAUUGAUAUCCGCGACUCUGUCAACUACGAGGAGGUUAUGAAGCAGUACAACCUGGGGCCGAACGGGGGGAUCCUGACGUCGCUGAACCUGUUUGCGACAAAGGUCGAUCAGAUUGUCAAUCUGCUGGAGAAGCGAGCCAAACCGCAGGAGGACAAGGCGCCGAUUGAAAAUAUUCUGGUUGACACACCAGGCCAAAUUGAGGUCUUUGUGUGGUCAGCGUCCGGGACGAUUCUGCUCGAGUCCCUCGCUUCGAGCUUUCCGACCGUGAUUGCCUACAUUAUCGACACGCCACGUACGACCUCGACAAGCACGUUCAUGUCCAACAUGCUGUACGCCUGCUCCAUUCUCUACAAGACAAAACUACCAAUGGUGCUCGUCUUCAACAAAACGGAUGUCAAGGAUGCGGCUUUUGCAAAGGAGUGGAUGACGGACUUUGAGGCCUUCCAGGAUGCGCUGCAGCGUGAUCAAGAGGGCGACGACAUGGACGGCGAGGGGGGCGGCAGCGGCGGCGGCGGUGGCUACAUGGGCAGCCUGCUCAACUCGAUGAGUCUCAUGCUGGAGGAGUUCUACGCGCAUCUGAGCGUGGUGGGCGUGAGCUCCAAGGUGGGGACAGGUAUGGACGAGUUCUUUGAGGCCGUGGCGGAGAAGAAGCAGGAGUUCAUCGACGACUACCUACCCGAGCUGCAGCGACGGAGGGACGAGCGUGAGAAGCUGAAGAAGGAGACGCGCGAGAAGGAGCUGGACAAGAUGAUGCAGGGCAUGUCCGGCCUGGGGGGCCCAUCGAUCACCAACGCCAAGGCGGAUGACGACGUCGAGGUGGCGAGCGACGACGACGGCGAGGACUACGACUCGGAGGACGAUGCCAUUGCCGAGCGGGACAGUCUACAGGCACGAUACCAGACGGCCGUGGGGGACAAUGACGACUCGGUCAUGGCGGAUGCGAGCUUCGCAAAGUACCUGCACACGCCGCGAUCUUGA